AUGGUGCUAUCCACCAUCAACGAGAUCACGGUCGAAGCCGACAAGAAAUCUCCCUACAUGGACAUGGAGCCAACCAGCGUCGACCGGAAGUCCGAAUCGGUCGUUUACCAAGACACGCCGACGUCGACGCCGGCGCCGUUGGAAUGGACCGAGGACGAGGAGAAGGCCAUCCGGCGCAAGCUCGACUGGCACACCGUUCCGCUGGUGACGCUCCUGUAUCUCCUUUGCUUCCUCGACCGAGCCAACAUCGGCAACGCCAGGAUCCAGGGCAUGGCCGUCGACAUCGACCUCGGCGGCUACCGCUUCAACUGGGCCCUCUCCGUCUUCUACAUCGUCUACCUCCUCGUCGAGGUCCCCAGCAACAUCGUCCUCAAGCGCGUCGGGCCCCGGUUCUACCUCCCCGCCCUCGUCGUCGGCUUCGGCCUCGUCUCCCUCUGCACCGCCUUCGUCACCUCCUUCCCGGGCCUCCUCGUCGCGCGCGCCGUCCUCGGCAUCUUCGAGGGCGGCGCCAUGCCGGGCUUCUCCUACUUCCUCAGCAGCUUCUACAAGCGGGAGGAGCUGCUCUUCCGGCUGGGCAUCUUCAUCUCGGCCGCCUCCGUCGCGGGCGCCUUUGGCGGCCUCCUCGCCGCGGGGCUCUCCCGGAUCCCGCCGUGGGGGGUCGACGGCGCGACCAUCCACACGUGGCGCAACAUCUUCUUCUUCGAGGGCCUCGUCACCGUCCUCGUCGGCGGCCUCGCGCCCCUCUGGAUGCCCACGGACCCGGCCACGGCCUACUUCCUCGACGGCCGCGAGCGCGCCAUCGCCGUCGAGCGGCUGCGGCGCCACCAGCAGCAGUCGUCACGGGAACACGCCGGGGACGACAAGGUGAAGCUGGGCGACGUCCGGCGGGCGGUGCUGUGCGUCCACAACUACACGUGCGCGCUCGGCUUCUUCCUCGUCAACAUCACCGUCCAGGGCCUGUCCGUCUUCAUGCCGACCAUCCUGGCGGACCUCGGCUGGACGGCGACCCAGGCGCAGCUGUACUCGGUGCCGCCGUACGUCGUGGCCGCGCUGACGGCCGUCGCCAUCGCGUGGUGCAGCGACAGGACGCGCCAGCGCGGCGUCUUCCUGGCCGUCUUCGCGCUCGUCGCCGCCGUCGGGUUCGCCAUCCUGAGGUUCGAGGCGCGCGCAAACAUCCGGUACAUGGCGGUGUACUUUGUGACGGCGGGCGCUUUUCCCGGCGGUCCAGGAUUCCUGAGCUGGGCGAUGAACAGUAAUGCUUCCUCACUCUGGAUCGUUCACUUGAGCCCCUCCGUUCGUGCGGUAACGAGCGGAUAUGUCGUGUCCAUCGGCACCAUAGGCGGCAUCGUUGCAACAUGGACCUACACGUUCAAGGACGCCCCAAAGUACUUUACCGGGCACACCAUCAACCUUGUCGGCCAGAGCUUAACCGUCCUGCUCGCCCUCUUUGGAAUAGCGUACUGUCUCUACGAGAACAAAGCCAGAGCUGCUGGGAAGAGAGACCACAGACUGGAGGGCCUGACGGAAGACGAGCAGGGCCGGCUGGGCUACAGACACCCUUCGUUCCGGUACAUGACGUAG